AUGAAACCCACAACCAGCAGAAAGCCGCAUGCAUCGGGCCGCCAACCACAGCCGCCAGACGAGCCACAAAGGCCGCCAUCCUUCCGGCCACCCCCGGAAGCACGACCUCGGGUGCACCCGUAUACAACCGGGGCGCACAAGUUACAUGCGAUAAGUACAGACGACACCGGGCCAGCUGCCCGAACUCGCCCUAGGGUACCCAGACAGCCCCUGGAGCGCAGCGUCAUCAAAGCCUCCACCCGAAGUCGGCCGGCCACAGAACCAGCGGUAGUAGAAGUAUUGCCACGACAGAUACCGCUCAGCACAAACGCCCGGAAGCUCCCGACCACCAGGCGAGCCCCAACGCCACGUGAAGCAGACCACGAAGCUGGUGCUGCGACAGAGCGGCGCGCCGCCCAAACCUCAACGCACCCAGCAGUCCAAGCGAAGGCCGAGGUAACGCUCUCCGCCAAACAAAGCGACCUGACGACUGCAGCUUCGCUCCAACUCGUCCAGCGAGGCACGGCAACGAGUACCGUCAGGGCGGACGCCAGUAGAGGAAGGCGCAAAAGGCACCCGCCACAACAACGUCGGCAUGCUCGAACGACGAUGGGGCGUCUGCCCCAGCCACUGCCACGACCAACGUCGAGAAGACGCCGCCUCACCCAAAAGCGACACCAACCCCGACGACGACCCGACCUCCAAUUGCCGAGAUCAGCGCACGACCGGUCACGCCUGACACAUCGCACCAAGAAGUGA